UUCUCCAGAGAAACCUCAGUGGGCAUCACAGAGGCAGCUGUGUUUCAGACAUUAGCCAAUGAUUUUAUGUGCUGACUUAAGGAAAAUUAAGUUUUGGCCCUUUGUGCUCUUUCCCAAAGCACAUGCUGUAACUAUAUUUUUGAUUUAGGGAUGACUUGCCGUGGCUUUUAUUUAUUAGUCUUGACUGAUCCCGAUGUGGCUUUGUUACCUAAAGAAAGCCCUUUUCGUCACGAAAGCUGUCUCCAGGGCGAGCUCCAUGGGCCUGCAGGUGAAGUCCAGAGAGGCAGCAGGUCUUGUGGUCCUUCCUUCUCAUUUCUAGCUGAGAAGAGUGGAGCUGGUUGGCUGGUGGCACGGGGACAAAUGCUGCCUUUGGCUCCCAGUGACAAUGAGUUAUCACGCAGGAGGGCCACAUCCAGGAGCUCGAACUGUAAAGUGAUGAACAGAACCCUCAGCUGCCCCAUGUUUCUCCCUGUAGAUGAAGAUGAGCACAAUGAAGAUGGCUGGUGUCUCCAGCACCCAUCUUUGAAGCUUUCCCCGCACUCCACUGGGGCUGUGCAGAGGAGGAGCCAGCCCAGCAUUACUGUGUGCCUUCAUUUCACACACAUUGACGUGAAGAUGCUAAAUGACAGAAUUCAGUCCUCCUCCUGCUUGCGCCCAGCAAGAAUAAUGAGCCAGAUCAUCAUGACUGCUAUGAUACACCAGCUGAUGAAGUGGCCUAUCAUCUCUGCAGCUAAGAGCGCAUCCUGGUGCGAGCAGUGGUUUGAAUGUCUUGGCUUUUACUGA